CCCGCGCGCGCGGCCGGAGCGCAGGGGGCGGAGGGCAGUGGCACCGCCAGGCCCUGGCCCGCUGGCGUCCCCCCCGCCCCGCGCGCCCAGCCCCGUCGCCGUCACCACCGCCUCAGAACAAGAUAGCUUUCUGCUCAGCCAUGACUGCGGAUCCAUGCCUCAGACCUCCGCUCGGGCAGCAGUGGCGGUGACCACAGACAGCACUGACUUGGGAGAGCAGCCACCCCUCGGGUUGAUGGCUGGCAUGUCGGGGCGACUGCCCAGCAUGUACUGGUGUGUGGGGCCGGAGGGGUCAGCCGCGCGUCCAGAGCUCGCCAUGGACACGCAUAAUGGGCCCGGGGACAUGGGCGGCAAGCUGUCCAUGCCAGGCGGUGACCCCACAGCGCGGUGUCCCGGGACAGAAGACAUCCACACCGCCUACAAGCAGGGAGACCUCAGCAGGGCCCGCCGCCUGCUCAGAGAGGCUUGCGACGAGAGCACGUCCCAGCUGGAAAAGGGCCAGCUCCUGAGCAUCUCCGCAGCCUAUGGGGACCUGGAGACCGUCCGCUACCUUCUCACCCAGAGACAGGUGGAGCUGCCGACGGAGCCCACGGAUGACAACCCCGCCGUGGUAGCGGCGCACUUCGGGCACACGGACAUCGUGCAUGAAUUACUCGAGUCUUUAACAGGUCCCUGCAGCCCCCAGCGGCUGCUGAACUGGAUGCUGGCCCUGGCUUGUCAGCGCGGCCACCUCGGGCUGGUGAAGCUCCUCAUCCUGACACACGGGGCCGACCCCGAGAGCUACGCCGUCCGGAAGAACGAAUUCCCGGUCAUCGUGCGCUUACCGCUCUACGCGGCCAUCAAGUCAGGCAACGAAGACAUCGCCAUCUUCCUGCUGCGUCACGGGGCUUUCUUCUGUUCCUACAUCUUGCUGGACAGCCCUGACCCCAGCAAACGCCUGCUCAGGAAGUACUUCAUCGAAGCUAGUGCCUUGCCUAGCAGUUGUUCGGGGAAAACGGCUCUCCGUGUGAAAUGGUCUCACCUCAAGCUGCCCUGGGUGGAUAUCGACUGGCUCAUAGACAUCUCCUGCCAGAUCACAGAGCUGGACCUUUCUGCCAACUGCCUGUCCUCCCUCCCGUCGGUCAUCCCCUGGGGGCUCAUCAACCUCCGGAAGCUGAACCUCUCGGACAACCACCUGGCCGAACUACCUGGCGUGCAGUCAUCAGACGAGAUCAUCUGUUCCAGGCUCCUGGAAAUUGACAUUUCCAACAACAAGUUGUCCCAUCUCCCGCCGGGAUUUCUGCACCUCUCCAAGCUCCAAAAACUGACCGCCUCAAAAAAUUACUUAGAAAAAUUGUUCGAAGAAGAAAGUGCCACUAACUGGAUUGGUUUGCGGAAACUACAGGAAUUGGAUAUUUCUGACAACAAGCUGACAGAGCUGCCUAUGGUGUUUCUUCAUUCUUUCAAGUCGCUCAGUUAUCUGAAUGUCUCCAGAAACAAACUGAAGGUCUUUCCAGACGCCUGGGCCUGUCCUUUGAAAUGCUGUAAAGCGUCCCACAAUGCCCUGGAGUGCCUACCAGACAGGAUGGCUGUCUUCUGGAAAAACCACCUUAAGGAGGUGGAUUUCUCGGAAAACGCGCUCAAGGAAGUUCCUCCAGGACUUUUCCAGCUCGAUGCCCUCACGUCCUUGAGGUUACAGGGAAACCAGCUGGUGGCUGUGCCACCUCCCGAGAAGUGGACCUGCAAGCAGCUGAAAACCCUGGAUCUCUCCAGAAACCAGUUUGGCAAAAAUGACGACGGACUCAAAACAAAGCGUAUUUCCUUUUUCACCACCAGAGGGCGCCAGCGGUCAGGGACGGAGACAGCCUGUGUGCUCGAGUUUCCGGCCUUCCUAAGUGAGUCUCUGGAAGUCCUUUGCCUGAAUGACAAUCAUCUGGAUGCGGUCCCUCCCUCGGUCUGCCUACUGAAGAGCUUAUCGGAACUCUACCUGGGAAACAACCCUGGCCUGCGAGAGCUCCCCGCUGAGCUGGGGCAGCUGGGCAACCUCUGGCAAUUGGACAUUGAAGACCUGAACAUCAGCAACGUGCCUGCGGAGAUCAGAAAAGAAGGCCCCAAAGCCAUGCUGUCCUUCCUGCGCGCUCAGCUGCGGAAGGCGGAGAAGUGCAAGCUGAUGAAGAUGAUCGUCGUGGGGCCUCCGCGCCAGGGCAAGUCCACCCUCCUGGAGAUCCUACAGACGGGGAGGGCCCCCCAGGUGAUGCACGGCGAGGCCACCAUCAGGACCACCAAGUGGGAGCUCCAGAGGCCAGCUGGCUCCAGAGCCAAGGUUGAGUCUGUAGAAUUCACCGUCUGGGACAUCGGCGGUCCCGCCAGCAUGGCGACUGUCAACCAGUGCUUCUUCACGGACAAGGCGCUGUACGUGGUGGUCUGGAACCUGGCGCUGGGGGAGGAGGCCGUGGCCAGCCUCCAGUUCUGGCUGCUCAACAUCGAGGCCAAGGCCCCCAACGCCGUGGUGCUCGUGGUCGGGACCCACCUGGACUUAAUCGAAAGCAAAUUCCGCGUGGAGAGGAUCGCGACGCUGCGGGCCUACGUGCUGGCGCUCUGCCGCUCGCCCUCCGGGUCCAGGGCCACCGGCUUCCCCGACAUCACUUUCAAGCACUUGCAUGAAAUCUCCUGCAAGAGCCUGGAAGGCCAGGAGGGGCUGCGGCAGCUCAUUUUCCAUGUCACGUGCGGCAUGAAGGACGUGGGCAGCACCAUCGGCUGCCAGCGGCUCGUGGGGAGGCUGAUCCCCCGGAGCUACCUGAGCCUCCAGGAGGCCGUGCUGGUGGAGCACCAGCGGCGCAGCCUGAGCGACGACGUGCAGUAUCUGACAGACAGGCAGCUGGAGCAGCUGGUGGAGCAGACCCCCGGCAACGACAUCAACGACUACGAGGACCUGCAGUCCGCCAUCAGCUUCCUCAUAGAAACGGGCACCCUGCUCCACUUCCCGGACACCAGCCACGGCCUGAGGAACCUCUACUUCCUCGACCCCAUCUGGCUGUCUGAAUGUCUGCAGAGGAUCUUCAACAUCAAAGGCUCCCGGUCGGUGGCCAAGAACGGGGUGAUCCGGGCGGAGGAUCUCAGGAUGCUGCUGGUCGGGACCGGCUUCACGCAGCAGACAGAAGAGCAGUAUUUCCAGUUCCUGGCCAAGUUUGAGAUCGCCCUGCCUGUCGCCAAUGACAGCUACCUCCUGCCCCACCUCCUGCCGUCCAAACCGGGCCUGGACACCAACAGCAUGCGGUACCCCACGGCCAACACCAUCCAGAGGGUGUUCAAGAUGAGCUUCGUUCCCGUGGGCUUCUGGCAAAGGUUUAUAGCGCGGAUGCUCAUCAGCUUGGCGGAGAUGGACCUACAGCUUUUCGAAACCAAGAAGAAUACCAAGAGCAGACACCGUAAAGUCACCAUUUACAGCUUUGCGGGGAACCAGAGGAAUCGAUGCAGCACGUUCCGAGUGAAAAGAAAUCAGACCAUCUAUUGGCAGGAAGGCCUCCUGGUCACCUUUGAAGGGGGCUACCUCAGCGUGGAAUCCUCGGACGUGAACUGGAAGAAGAAGAAAAGUGGAGGAAUAAAAAUCAUCUGCCAGUCGGAAGUGAGGGACUUCUCCGCCAUGGCGUUUAUCACAGACCAUGUCAACUCCUUGAUCGAUCAGUGGUUUCCCGCCCUGACGGCCACAGAGAGCGACGGGACCCCCCUCAUGGAGCAGUACGUGCCCUGCCCGGUCUGUGAGACCUCCUGGGCCCAGCACGCUGGCCCCAGUGAGAAAUCGGAGGACGUGCAAUACUUCGACAUGGAAGACUGCGUGCUGACAGCCAUCGAGCGGGACUUCAUCACCUGCCCCCAGCACCCCGAUGUCCCCGUGCCGCUCCAGGAGCUGGUGCCCGAGCUGUUCAUGACCGACUUCCCGGCCAGGCUCUUCCUGGAGAACAGCAAGCUGGAGCACAACGAGGACGAGAGCAGCAUCCUGGGCCAGGGUGGCAGCGGCACCGUCAUCUACCGAGCCCGGUACCAAGGCCAGCCCGUGGCUGUGAAGCGAUUCCAGAUCAAGAAGUUCAAGAACUUCGCUAACGUCCCAGCAGACACCAUGCUGAGGCACCUGCGGGCCACAGACGCCAUGAAGAACUUCUCGGAGUUCCGGCAGGAAGCCAGCAUGCUGCACGCCCUGCAGCACCCCUGCAUCGUGUCUCUGAUCGGCAUCAGCAUCCACCCCCUCUGCUUCGCCCUGGAGCUCGCCCCGCUGGGCAGCCUCAACACUGUGCUGUCCGAAAACGCCAAAGAUUCUUCCUUUAUGCCCCUGGGACACAUGCUCACGCAGAAAAUAGCCUACCAGAUCGCCUCCGGCCUGGCCUACCUGCAUAAGAAGAACAUCAUCUUCUGCGACCUGAAGUCGGACAACAUCCUGGUCUGGUCCCUGGACAUCAAGGAGCACGUCAACAUCAAGCUAUCGGACUAUGGGAUUUCGAGGCAGUCUUUCCACGAGGGCGCCCUGGGCGUGGAGGGCACCCCUGGCUAUCAGGCCCCGGAGAUCAGGCCUCGCAUCGUGUAUGAUGAGAAGGUAGACAUGUUCUCCUAUGGAAUGGUGCUCUACGAGUUGCUGUCGGGACAGCGGCCUGCGUUGGGCCACCACCAGCUGCAGAUUGCCAAGAAGCUGUCCAAGGGCAUCCGCCCGAUUCUGGGGCAGCCGGAGGAAGUACAGUUCCACCGACUCCAGGCGCUCAUGAUGGAAUGCUGGGACACGAAGCCCGAGAAGCGACCGCUGGCCCUGUCCGUGGUGAGCCAAAUGAAGGACCCCACCUUUGCGACCUUCAUGUACCAGCUGCCCUGCGGAAAGCAGACGGCCUUCUUCUCGUCCCAGCGCCAGGAAUACACAGUGGUGUUCUGGGACGGAAAAGAAGAGUCCAGGAACUACACUGUGGUGAACACGGAGAAGGGCCUUCUGGAAGUGCAGCGGAUGGGCUGUGCGGGCAUGAAGCUGAGCUGUCAACUCAAGGUCCAGAGCUCUCUGUGGACGGCCACCGAGGACCAAAAGAUCUACAUCUACAGCCUCAAGGGCAUGUGUCCCUUAAACUUGCCUCAGCGGGCUUUGGACACCCCGGCCGUCGUCACCUGCUUCUUGGCAGUGCCUGUUUUAAAAAAGAAUGCCUACCUGGUGCUGGCGGGCCUGGCAGAUGGGCUGGUGGCGGUGUUCCCCGUGGUGCGGGGUGCCCCAGACGACAGCUGCUCCUACCUGUGCUCCCACACGGCCAACCGGGCCAAGUUCAGCAUCCCAGACGAAGACGCGCGGCAGAACCCCUACCCUGUGAGGGCCAUGGAGGUGGUCAACAGCGGGUCCGAGGUCUGGUACAGCAACGGGCCGGGCCUGCUGGUCAUCGACUGUGCGACCCUGGACAUCAGCAGGCGGCUGGAGCCCUACACGGCGCCUUCCGUGGUCACCUCGGUCGUGAGCAGCUCUGAGUGCAGGGGCGAGGAGGUGGUUUGGUGCCUCGACGACAAGGCCAACUCCUUGGUCAUGUACCACUCGGCCACCUACCAGCUGUGCGCCCGGUACUUCUGCGGGGACCCCAACCCCCUGAGGGACAUGUUUCCUGUGCACCCGUUGGGCUUGGAGCCACCGGACAGCCGCACAGCCAGCCCCAAGGAGCCCGAGGGGGACUCCAUCGCAGACGUGAGCAUCAUGUACAGCAAGGAACUGGGCACGCAGAUCCUCACGCACCAGGACUCGCUGACCGACUACUGCUCCAUGUCCUCCUACUCCUCGUCCCCACCCCACCGGGCCCUCCCGUCCCCCUUGAGCCUGCCCUGCUCACCGGCAAGCUCUUCCAGCGUUCCCUUCUCCACCGACUGCGAGGACUCGGACAGGCUGCUAGAGCCCGCGGCCGGCUCUGACAGGUCCGAGCACGAGCUGACCCCUGUGGAUGGGGAGGCUUUCAGCCAGCACCUGCAAGCCGUGAAGGUCCUCGCUGUGAAGGACGUCAUCUGGGUCCCCAGGCGCGGGGGAGAUGUUAUCGUCAUUGGCCUGGAGAAGGACGCAGGCGCCCAGCGGGGCCGAGUCAUUGCAGUCCUGAAAGCCCGAGAGCUGACUCCAUGGGGGGUGCUCGUGGAUGCGGCUGUGGUGGCCAAGGACACGGUCGUGUGUGGCUUUCAGAACGAAGACAUGGAAUGGUGCCUGGCUGUCUGGAGGGGCUGGGGGACCCGGGAGUUUGACGUUUUCUACCAGUCCUACGAGGAGCUGGGUCGGCUGGAGGCUUGCACGCGGAAGAGAAGGUAAUUCCUGUGGAACGGCCGCCGCUUGGACCUGGCUGGCCCAGGCCAGUGCGCUGACCUUUCUGCCUGCAUCCUGCUGUCCUCGGCGGGCCCGGAAGACAAACUGGGCUCUCUCGUGGGCCACUUGCUGCUAAGAAGUGCUGAGAAGUUCCCGCCCCUGGCAGUGGUUUCGGGACUCUCUGAUACUCCCACGCCCCCCUCCCCCCCACACC